AUAUCCUCUCCUUUGUAGCAACCUUUCAAAAGUCCUUACUAUUUUCAUUUGUAGAGAAAGAAAAAGUAUAAGAAAAGGAAAAUGUCGACUUACACUUACUUAUCGAAUGACAAUGACAACAGAGCACGAAGAAUGAGGUUGUUUGGCCGCGAAAGGCCAAUCUAUGAAAUACUCGGAGGUGGAAAAGCUGCAAAUAUUUUAUUAUGGAGAGACAAAGCGGUAUCGGGUGCGGUUUUUAUCGGGGUGUUGACAUUAUGGUUUCUUUUCGAGGUUGCGGAGUAUAACCUUGUGACAUUUCUUUGUCACUUCACCAUCACUCUCAUGCUUGUUAUAUUUAUUUGGUCGAAUGGAGCCAAAGUCUUCAAAUGGACUCCUCCUGAAAUCCCCAAGUUCCUAUUGGAGGAAUCAAUGUUAUGCAAAGUUAUAUGUGAAAAACUCAACGUCUUCUUGUCGUGGCUUAUCUACAUUGCUUGUGGAAACGACAUUAAACUCUUUUGUUUGGUGAUUCUCGUUGUUUCAAUGCUUUCAACGAUUGGGAACUACAUCACCGCAUCAAAUCUUCUGUUCAUUGGGAUCGUGUGCAUGGGGACACUACCGUAUUUAUAUGAGAGGCAUGAGGAAAAGGUAAAUUAUCUGUUUGCGACGUUAAUUUGGAGGAUUUCGAAGGCCUACAACACAUUUGAUAGAAAUAUUGUUUCGAAGAUACCGAGAUGGCCCCUCAAACACAGGAAAUAUUUGUAAAAUCCAUCAAAUAUACCGAAUUUAAUUGGUUUUUUUUACUAAAUUGGAGAGAUGAUUAUAAAGAAAACGGGAGAGAAUGUAUAAAAAAUUCAUAAUUUUUUUUUUCUUUAAUGACAUUUUGAUU